AUGAAAACGAGAGAACCUGGUUCUCAUUAUCAUCAGAAUAGCAAUAGUCAUCAUCUACUGAAUCAGAAUAAUUAUCAAGUGGAAUUCAAAUAUCUUUACUUCUGCAUUCAAAAAUCAAUUAAUAAGAAAGUGGUAUUAAGUUUGAAGUAUGAACAGUUGAAAACUCCUGAAAUAUAUUCAACUUUAAUCAAACCAUUAACUGAUUCUAUUAUAAAGUUAUCUGAUAAUAAUAAGAUCGUGGUUAACAAGUAUCGAUAUAACGAGGAGAAUAACAAAGUAUCUAAUUAUGUUAUAUUCAUCUUAUUAUUGAUACGAUAUGAAUUCCUCAUUCAAUCUGAAAAUAAUUUAAUCUUAUAUGAGUUAUUAAACACUAAAGCUAAUGUAUGUGAAUUAUUAGCUAUACGAUUAUUACGAGAAUAUAAAUCAUAUAAUCGGAUCAAAUUAUUAUUCAUUAAACCUAUGAAGAACCACGAUUUCAAUACAUUACAGUUGAGUGUGUUAAGUAAGUCAAAGCGAUUCUUAUCCCAACCUAUUAUCGUAAGGAUUCUUGAUAGGUUUUUCAAUGGGGAAUUGAUUGAUAAUACAGAUGAAGCAUUAUUAAAGAAUGAAGUGGAUGAUAAUGACGAUGAACAAGGAUUAUUCAAUAAUGAGAUUAUUAAUUAUAAGUUCAAUAAAAUAUCAUUUAAGAAUAUCAUAAAAAGAUCAAAUACGGUACCGAAGUAUCAAUCGAUUGUGAUCAACUUAAAACUAAUUUCUUUUAUGAUAUUAUAUUUCUUCAUCAUUAUAAGUAAGAAAAAUAAUCUUAACAAUGAUAAUAAGUUUACCGAUAAUGUGUUGACUAUAAGUAAGAUUAUAUUCUGGUUAAUGGGAUUUAACUUCAAUCUUGAAUUCAUUAUUAAAGUUGCUAAUAUCGAGAUGAAAUAUUUCAGAAUGAUUAUAUGGAAUUAUAUUGAUUUCAUAAUAAUUUUACUUCUUGAUAUCACAUUUAUAUUAAAAGUGGUUAAACUGGAAUAUUUUGAUGAUUUAUUCAGUGUAUUGUCAAUCAUAUUAGUUCCACGUAUACUUUCCAGCUUUAACAAUUAUAGAUUCUUCAACCUUAUAAUCGUAUCAUUCAAUCGAAUGAUGUUUAACUUGAUUGGAUUAAUCUGUUUCUUCAUUUCAUUAAUCAGUGGAUUUUAUUUCAGUUUUAUAUCAUUAUCUAAAAAUCGUACCAAUUAUGAUAUUAUGUUUGAUAUGACAAAGAUAUUCUUUGGAUUUACCCCCUCGGUAUGGAAUAAUUGGGAUAAUUAUAAUACGUUAGGGAAAAUCAUUCAAAUGGGAUAUUUGUUCUUAAUUCAAUUUAUAAUCGGAACUAUUCUAGCCAUUGUGUUAGGACAAAUCUUUUCUAAAGUCAAUGAUAAUAAUCAAGAAGAAUUUAAUUAUUUCAAAUCGGUUAAUAUGAUAUUAUAUUUUAAAAUGGCUAAAUUGAAUAAGAAUAAAGGAAUCUUUACAAUAGUGUUAAAUUUAUUCAAGUUACCAAUCAUUAUUGUUAUAUUCAUUUAUGAAUUAAUCUUAUCCAAAUUAAGUUAUCAACCGAAUACAAUCUUAACUAAUAAUGAAUUAAAACAUUUCACAUUCUUAAAUAAAGAUGAUUAUGAUUUAGAUUAUCUUUAUUUACAAGAAAAUGGUAUUGAUGAAGAAAGUUUAUUAAUUCAAAAAUCAAGAAGAACUCCAUCUCAGUUUAAGAGAAGAUAUAGUAAUAAACAGAGUCAAGGGUUGAUGGUUCCAAAGCUUAAUCAAGUUCAAUCUAUCAGUACAUUAGGAGGGAAUUAUCGUAGUGCAUCUACUGAUUCAACAUUCAUUGAUGAGUUAUUAACUAAGAAAUAUGGUGGUGGUGGAGGAAACACUAAUAAUACUAAUGGAAAGAUUGAACGAACUAAAACUAAUAAUAGUGAAGUUCAAUUCAAGACACCUAAUCGAGCUUUUCAAAAGAAAUCAUCGAUGGAGAUUUUAAAUCGAUUAAAACAUUUAGAAAUCUUAUUAAUGAAUAAUUUACGAGAGAUAAAUGAUAUAGAAUCAGUGGUUCAUAAUGAAGUUGUGGUAGAAGAAGAGGAAGAUGGAGGAGUUUAUGAAACACCUAUAUCAUCAUCAGUACCACAGAUAAUUCAAUCACAACCACUGACGGAAGGAAUGUAUGAUAUUUAUGAAGCUACCUUAGAUGAUAUUGAACUGAUAAGUUCGGAUCAAUCGACUAUAGAGGAAACUCCAAGACGAUUAUAUAUGGAAGAUUCUGAACCAGAAGAUAAACAUGAUGAAGAAGAAGUAGAAGAUUAUGAUAAUGAUAAGGAUAGUACUAUAAAUUAUGAAUCUGAUGAUACAUUCUAA